AGCAUUCGGUUCACUUCAAGCAUGUGCUGAGGGGGGGACACAGCCAGAGUUGGGGGCUGGAGCUCUUGCUGUGGGGGGAAAGAGAGGAGCAGGGGCUGCUUUGCCAGAGGUGGCUGCUGCUGUCUCCUUACCCUGCUCCUCUGUCCCCCCUCCCCCAGGCUGAGUUCAUUCACUGGGAUUGGUUUCAAAUGACGCCAUCUCUUUAUUUUUACACCAAUGACCUCAUCCCAGCAGCUUGAAGUUUACUGACCAGCAAAACUCUCUCUCUCCUCCUCCUCCUUGUGUCUGUUUGUUCUAGCCAUUUAUUAGUAAUUGUGUGGUUCCUUUUGGAAACCUCAGCCUUUUUAACUUUCUUUUUCCCUUCGCAGCUUUUUUUUUCUCUCCCCCCCUUCAUUUUCUCAAGCCAUCGGGGGGGGGGGGAGAGGAAGAAAAGCUCCAAACGUUUCCUCUCUCUCCUCCCCACCCCCACCCCCCUUUAAAUAGAUCAGAAUAAAGUUUUAAAGAAGAAGAACAGCCUGGAGCUUCCCAGCGGCUGGAAGGAGAGAAAGUUGGGUCUGGCAGCAGUUCCAGUAGAGAAGAAGCUGGUGAUGCCGCCUCAGUGAAAAAAUGGGACAAGAAAUACUUCGCACAGCCACCGAGUGACUGAUAUUUGUAAAGCUAUUUGAAGAUCAACAUUUCUAGUUGACAGUCACUGCUGGGGACUGCAAUCUUGGACUUUCCAUCCUCUACAAAAUCCCCAGCAGAGAAGCCCAGGAAGAUAUCUGAAUAGAUGGAGAGCUGUCUAGCUGAUAUUUUAUUCACUGGAUCUUGGCCAAGUACUUCCAGGGUACUUCACUCCGGCCCUCAGUCCGGUGCAAAGCUGGGAGCAUAGGUAAAGAAUGAUGUAAUGCAGUGGCAGCCCAAAAGCAUCUUUUGUUUGAAUUGUGAAAUGGCUACUCCAUAGUCGUCUCCUGAUGAAUCAGAUGUGAGGGGCUGCUUUGUGGAAUGAGUCCUUUGUAACAGCGCAUCAACUGGAAGCAGAAGGAGACAUUCACUUGGAGGGCUCUUUCUGAAAAUGGGUUUAACUUUUCUUUUGCCAGUCACUACCAGCAUGACCUCAUACACUUUCAGUACAAUGGAGUGGCUAAGCCUUUGAGUACAUAGCCAUUACAUCAUCUCUGCAAAUUAGAGAGGGAGGUGGUAAAAGAGGCCUUAUUGUUGUCAUGGCUGAUGAGAUGAUCAGGACUCAACUCAUGGUUGCUGAGAGGUUGGUGGCUUUACUGGAAAGUGGCACAGAAAAAUUGCUACUGAUUGAUAGCCGUCCCUUUGUGGAAUACAAUACAUCCCACAUCUUGGAUGCUAUCAAUAUCAACUGCUCCAAGCUUAUGAAGCGGAGGCUGCAGCAGGACAAAGUGUUGAUUACGGAACUCAUUCAGCAUUCAGCAAAACACAAGAUUGAGAUUGAUUGCAAGCAGGAGGUGGUGGUAUAUGAUCAAAGUUCCAAGGAUGUUGCCUCUCUAUCAUCUGAAUGCUUUCUUACUGUACUACUGGGCAAGUUGGAGAACAAUUUCAACUCUGUACACCUGCUUUCAGGUGGGUUUGCUGAAUUCUCCGGCUGCUUCCCUGGCCUCUGUGAAGGAAAAUCUGUUCUAGUCCCUACUUGUAUUUCUCAACCUUGCUUACCUGUCUCCAACAUUGGUCCAACCAGAAUCCUGCCUCAUCUUUACCUUGGUUGCCAGCGAGAUGUCCUCAACAAGGAGCUGAUGCAGCAGAAUGCUAUUGGUUAUGUAUUAAAUGCAAGCAAUACCUGUCCAAAGCCUGACUUUAUCCCAGAGUCUCAUUUCUUGAGAGUUCCUGUGAAUGACAGCUUCUGCGAGAAAAUUUUGCCUUGGUUAGACAAAUCAGUUGAUUUUAUUGAGAAAGCAAAAGCCUCAAAUGGGCGAGUUUUAGUGCACUGUUUAGCGGGGAUCUCCCGCUCCGCCACAAUUGCAAUUGCAUACAUCAUGAAGAGAAUGGAUAUGUCCCUUGAUGAAGCCUACAGAUUUGUGAAAGAAAAAAGGGCAACAAUUUCUCCCAACUUCAAUUUCCUGGGCCAGCUUCUGGAUUUUGAGAAGAAGCUUAAGAACCAGACUGGGCAGCCUGGACCAAUUAGCAAGCUGAAACGUUUGCAUUUGGAAAAAAGUAGUGAGCAUGGACUGGUCCCCGAAAGUGGACAGAGCAGUGGCCUCUCCACUAAUCAGCUUGGCACUAACUCUACCUCCGAGCCUGUGGAGCAGAAGCCAAUGGACUCUGGAAGUCUGCCAUGCUCGCACUUGCCAGCAUUAGAGGAUAGCCCGCUGGUACAGGGCAUAAAUGGACUCCAUGUGUCCUCUGACAAGGUAGAAGAUAGCAACAGACUGAAGCGCUCAUUUUCUUUGGAUAUCAAAUCCGUAUCCUACUCAGCAAGCAGCAGCUGUGUGACUGCAGCGGUGCAGGGGUUUGCAGCGUCAGAGGACACUCUAAAGCAGUUGAAUGUUUGUAGUAUUCUAGAGGGCGGCAACAAGCUGUGUCAGUUCUCCCCUGUCCAGGAAGUUUCAGAACAGACGCCAGAGACCAGCCCCGAUAAAGAGGAGGCAAAUCCUCCUGAGAAACCUCAAAACGCCUGGCAGCUGGACAGCCAGAGCAAGCGGCAGCACAUGGGGAGAACCGGCAGCACAAUUCAAAGGUCACUGUUGUACCCGCUGCAUCGGAGUGGGAGCAUGGAAGACAACUACAGAACAAACUUCCUGUUUGGUCUUUCUACCAGUCAGCAACAUGUGGGAAAGUCUGCUGCUGGGCUGGGCCUCAAAGGCUGGCACUCUGACAUUUUAGCUCCUCAGACAUCCACCACAUCCCUUACCAACAGCUGGUAUUUUGCUACGGAAUCCUCACACUUCUAUUCUGCUUCUGCAAUCUACGGGAGCAGCGCCACUUACUCUGCUUACAGCUGCAGCCAGUUGCCCACUGGCUGUGACCAGGCCGGCGCUGUGCGCAGGAGGCAGAAGCAGAGUGACAGAGGUGAUUCAAGGCGCAGCUGGCACGAGGAAAGCUCCUUUGAAAAGCAGUUUAAGCGAAGAAGCUGCCAGAUGGAAUUUGGGGAGAGCAUCAUGUCAGAAAACAGAUCCCGAGAGGAACUGGGGAAAGUGGGCAGCCAGUCUAGCUUUUCGGGCAGCAUGGAAAUCAUUGAGGUAUCCUGAGAAAUGGCAGACAAUUGUGACGCUGUAGCUGGCUUAUUUUUCCCAUUGUUUAAAACAAUUCCCUGUAAAUCUGAAAUUAUUUUAAAAACUGGGGCUUCAGUGUGAAGGCAAUGAAUAGAUUUAUACCAGACAUGACAAACUAAUAUGUGCAUGGGGGAGAGCCGCUGUAUUUUUGUUUUUUCUCCCCCUCCCACUUAAGGUGGAAGGCCAGAUGUUUCAGAAGUUUUCCCUAACAGAUGAAGCAAUUAUAUGUGACAAAUUGCACAUCCUUUAAACGAAGCUUUCUUAGUGACUGACAGGUCAUCUCCCUGGUUCCACUGACACACAUUACUAAAAAUCACAAAAACGAAUUCUAGCGCCCCUCUUCAAAUCCUCCCUUCUCCCUGAAAUCAACAGUGCACCUUAGCCCUGAGACUGAGCCGACUUCUGGAGAGAGAUCCUUUUCCUUAAGGACAGAGACUAGUUAUGAAUCCAAACAAGUGGCGACUGAUCACAGCAGGGCUGGGCUAAAAACAAAGCUCAGACAAUGUAAAUAUUGAUGUAACUAUCAUUCUAAUGAACAGGUUUGAGGUGACUUGCCAGAAAGCUGCUUUAGAGCAAAAUCAUACCUCAAAAGAUAAAUAAAGCUUUCAUGGCUACCCACUCUCUGGUAGUCAGUUUGCAAGCAGUGUGGAUAGAUGACUGGCCACACAGUGAGACUGAUUAAAGCUGUCUACGCACAAGUUCCUCAGUUGGCUUAGAGACCAGUGGUAAAAUUUAAUCUUCUCAAAUGUGCUCACUCCCCAGUUCAUUUAAACACAAAACCAGACAGGGUUUUUUAGUGUGUGAUUAUGAAGCUGGCUUUUGAGGUGUGGAUCUGUCACCUCUAAACCUGAUACUAAAGGAAGAACUGAAUGCUGGUAGCAUGAAUGGUGGAUAAUAUUUAGGGCUACGUGCAAGAGAUAAGUGACUGGGUGCAAGUAGCACCAUCCCUUUGUCUACUGAAAAUUAAUUGGUGAGGAGAGAGCAGAUUUUUUUUUUUAAAGAAAAUUGAUAAGAGCCUUGGAUUUGUCCUCUAGAAAUGUAGUAACAGUGUGAGAAUUGCCCCAUCCGUGCUUUUUCCCUUUUCCCAAAAGGGGAAGGCUUAGUCUCUACUUCCCACCUUUAAAAAAAAAAAAAAAAAAAAAAAGGUAAUUGUUUCCACAUCCUUGCCCAAAUCUUGAGGAUUUGCACAUACCUAGGCAUGUACACAUCCCUUCUUUAAUCCUCAAACUUUGUCAGACCCACUAACUUCAGAUGAGAAGUGGAGCAGCCUGUUAAGAUCAAGCCUCAAUCAUUCAAGAGGGACAGAAGGGGUUCCACAUUAUUAUCCUUCAUGGGUUGGGGGUAGAAGAUGGCAGUUAAAGAAAUAAGAUUUAAAAAGAAAAAUCAAGACCAAGUGCUGGAGAUAAGACUUUCCCAUGACAUGUUCUAAGCUAACCUGAGAAUCUGACCAUUGAGGUUCUGUCUCUAUCCCCACUGUAGGGCUUCUAUGCUAAUACAACAUAGUUUUGCUGAUGGCAAGAGUUGUAAAUCCUGCCACUGCUGGAUUUGUUGUUAUUGCUGGCCAGUACCUGUUUCAGAGCCUUAACUACCUAUUGGAGAUUCCUGCUAGGGAAGAUCUUGUCAUUUCCUUGCUGCCAGAGGAGACCGGGAUAGGGCUUGUUCAUUUAUUUUAUUUUUAUUUAUUCUGAGAGGGAGAGAACCAGCGGCUUUCUCUCUCCAGCCUGAUAUUCUUGUGGUACUCUGGCUGCCACUUCCCCAGGCCACUUUAUAUGCCUUGUUAGAGGAUUAUGGUAUUAAAACAACAAAUGAUACGCAGGGGUCUAACAUGCUUCGUCGUUCAGUCCAGGGUUGUGACAAAGAUCACAGUGUGAAAAUUCUCAGAUCCCUACAGUGGCCUGCAGUAGGUGUAGGGGAGGGGGAGAUGUGUCGGACCCACUGUUUGUACAGUUUCAGUGCAGGCAGCUGAAAAUAUAAAAUACUUUUAAAUGAUUAACUGCUUUUUAAAGCAGUUGGCUGAGGUUUUGUCAGUUAAGAUCUGGUAGUCACUGAAGCCCUAGUUCAAGUCAGCAGCUUGUUUUUGUUCUUUAAGAGUAGCUAGUUGGUGACUCAAAUCUCAGGUUUUACUAUAUUGAGAAAUGGACAGGAUUGUGUCUUUUUUUGUUUUGUUUGUGGCUAGGAUGUGACUUAAAUGUCCUGUGAUGGACUUUUUUUAAACUAGCACUGAGAGAAAGCUACAGAGUUGAUUAACUUGAUCCUAAAGAGUGCAAGACACACAGACUGCAACUGGAAUGGUUGAAUCCAUAGACUGUGUUUGUUAUGUGUGUAUGAAAUGCAGGAAGGGAGGGUAGUUUGGGUAAGCAUGUAGGUUGAUACCACAUUGUAAAGCAUAUCAGGUUUUGGCUAAUCACUACCCAUACUGCCACUUGUUUUAUAUAGCAAGUGAAAGUGAUGUUCAGCAUAUAAACACACAAUGUGUGUAAUAUAUAGGAUACAUGUGAUCCAUUUAUGAGAUCUCAUGUAAACCAGAUUUCAGUUACAACCACUUUAACAGUUGAAAUCAAAUAUUUCACAGGAAGGGGGUUUGGAAAGUAUUUUAAAGACAUCCCAGCCAGCAGAAACAAAGCUGAGAUCUUCCAGGCUUCUGCUAGGAGUACUUUUUUUUUUUUUAAACCCUCUUUCUUGGCAACUGAAAUCUGGUCUCAUUGCAACUCCUCAUAAUUCCAAACAUCCUCGAAUCAACAGUUAAGUGAUGGCUGCAGGAUCAGCAGUCUAUGGGAUUGGGCUGUUGAGCACACCACCAUGGGAGAAAGAAGCCUUGGAGCCUGUCUAGUAGUGGUAUCUCCUUAUCUCAUUUCUGUACUCGUAUCCUGUACCUGAGAGAUGCUAGAAAAUGGGUUUAAGAAGUUUGGAAAGUGAGAUGGAGGCUGGUGGGAGAAGUGUGUAAAUGUUUAAUCUGAAUAUAAUGUUCUUUGGUGUAUGGCAAGCUGUUUAAAUGGUUCAAAGAUGAGUUUCUCAUCUUGAUGUGUCAUGAGCAUUACUUGUAUGUUAUGAUGAAAUAAAAUCAGAAGUGGUACCUGUU